CGCCUUCAUGACGUGCUGUCUAAGAGCUUCCACAAAGGGAAUCAGAGGAAACUGGGGGAGGGAUUGAGAUCUUCACGAGUCAAGAGGGAAGCUAAGAGAUGUUUCAGUUAGUUGGUGGAAGAUGGUUCAUCUGGUUGACAGACAGAAUUCCACAGUUCUACUGGUUAGGGCUCCGUGUUUUCCGAUAUAAAGUGUGACUAUAGAGUUUGAGAGCUUGAUUAUACAAAAGACAUAUGAAACGGAGAAAUAACGGUUGUAGUGACAGCAAUGAGCUCUCAUUUUAAGCUGUUGUAUUUGAGUUUAGCUGGACAACUAAACAAAAUAACUACUUCUUGAGAGGCGAGUGCGACAGGGACGCUCAGGCGCUCAAAAAAGAGGAAACACGCCAGGAUUAAUUUGAACUUUUAGCACAGGAGUGGAAGAGACGAGGACAGACAGAGGGAUCCUCACUGGGAGACAUGGGACACACCUGGAUGCUGUCUGCGGUCUGCCUCAUGGCUACCUCGGCUUCCAUCAUAUGUGGUGGUGUGGCAGGAUCACGGCAAAAUGUUUCAGAGGUCUCAGAGCUUCUAGUGUCACGAACGGAACAUUUUGAGGAGGGCGAAGAUGUGGACUUAAGGUGCAACAAUAGGACAUGGAGUAAUACUCUUCAUCAUAUUUGGAAAAUAAACAUCAGUGGAGUCAAUUGUCUUAUAAGUGAAGCUGCUAGCAAGCCCAGGCAUAAUAACUGCACAGGAGAAAAGACGCUCCGCAACACAGCGAAAGGGGAGUCGUACCUUUAUAUUCCUCACUUUGGAAUCAAAGAUGAAGGGACAUACAAAUGUGAAGAAGUGUACGUAGGUGGUGCUGAAACAGACACCAUUACAGUUUUUGCUAGAGUCCGCCCUGUCCUCUCCACCAGACUAGAGCAUUACGACGGUCAGCGGUUUGCUGUCUGUUCUGCUGCCCGGGGAAAACCAGAGGCCACAGUGUCCUGGGAGGAGGAGUGGGGGUCCCCUGAGGUCACUGAAAAGUCAACCAACAACACAGAUGGAACCGUCACCGUGGAGAGCUGGCUGCUCCUGCCUGAUGACAUCACCCAGGGCAACCUGACCUGUGUGGCCAGUCACGCCUCCUGGACUCAUAAUGAAUUUCCUAUCCUGGAGCUUUCAAACAGGACUGAUUUCAUCACCAUAGUAGUGAUUUCCUGCGCCGUCCUCUUGAUCGUGGUGACAGCUGUAGUAUUUUCAUAUGCAGCCCGUAAGCCCCUCUGCAAACUUAGGUAAGAGCUUGAACUCCAAGGGUGGGUCAUGUCCUGUUUGGUCAUCAAUGAGUCAUCAUUAUCUGCCAUAGAAUUCUCCACUGGUUUGCAUUCAUCUGUUUUUUUUACAGUUCCCUCAUCAGCCGCUGCUGCAAGUCUGACGCCCCCCCAUCCUCUGAGUCCAAACCAG